AUGUCACAACAACCAGAAGCCAUCAUCCUCUUUGCUAGGGGUACACUUGCUUUAUUAGACUUAUGGCCUGCACUCACCAUCGCGGUCAACGAACAAUGGGGUGGAACCGAAUCAUCAGCCAAGAAAACAUGGCUGGCUUCUACAUUGAUUGAUGAGUUUGAAACUCGAGCUCCAUUGAUACCUACAACCGAAACAUCCACGACACCCGUUGUGGAUCCUAAAUCAGCCAGUGAUCCUCCAUUAGAUAUUGAUGAAAUAGCAGAUUUAUUACAUCAAAUAAUGUCUGAUGAAUUUGAUGCGAAUCUUGAAGAUGGUUCAAUAGACGCUGUAGCUUCUGAUUUAGUUAGAUUAUGGAAAGAUGUUCUUGGACCCAAUCCCCUCGUUUUGGUGGAAGCCUUGGAAAAGAAAGCAGAAGAAGUAAAGAAAUCAGGUGUAAAAGCAUCUGUCGGUCAAGGUGGUUCUUUGAGUGAAAGUGAAGGAGAAGAUGAUGAUGAUGACGAUUACGAGGACGAAGAUGUCGAUAUGGAUCAAGCUCCUCAAUUGGUUGAAUCUCAAAAACCUAAAGAAAAAGAAGAACCUAUAGUAGAUGAUGAUGGAUUCACUUUGGUUCAGAAAAAGGGUAAACGGUAA